AUGCUCUCCUCGUUCUCCGCCACACAGCAAGCUGUCUUGCUCCUGUCAUUCGUUUCCGCUAUCUAUGUUUAUCGCCUCCUCAUUUCGCGACAGCGUGAAGAUGGACAUGUUCUCUUAGGUCCUUCUCGCGGAAUAGCAAGCUGGAUCUGGGGCCAUGAGUUGCUUGCUUUUGAAGGACAAGCAACCGAGAUGUACACCAACUGGGCCUCUGUCUGGGGUCCCAUAUUCAAAAUCAAGGCCGCGCUGUUUCAUAGCGACAUCAUCGUUGCUGCGGACCAUGCAGCGGUCCAGUAUAUAUUCCAAAACUCAGAUGAUUACGUCAAGUCGCCCGCGUUUCGCCCUCCUGUCGCAAACGUCUUAGGCAAGGGUCUGGUCUGGGCAGAAGGCGACGACCACAAGAAGCAACGUAGGAUCUUGGCGAAUGCCUUUUCUUCCGAAGCGAUUAAGGGUAUGGCCGAUGACAUUGCUGAAUGCUCGGAGAAGCUCGAAAGCCGUCUGACGAACCACCUACUCUCACACGCCGGCGCGGCCACCGUAAACAUCGUCGAAUACACAUCUACUUGCACACUAGACAUCAUCGGACGUGUCGCAUUUGGCUAUGACUUUAGGUCAGGCCAAUCAACAGAAGCGAAACAGAUUCAUGCGUCCUGGAACGGCCAUGUGAAUAGUGGCCUCACAUUCGGUGCAUUCAUCGCGAUGCUCGUCAUUCGUACAUUCCCGCAAAUAUUCCUUCUACCUCUGCCUGCUAUCAAGGCUGGCGGUCAGAUUAGGGAGAUCGUGUCAAAGCUUUCUAUGCGCCUUCUCGAACGUGGGACGUUCAACGAGCGAGGUCGGGAUAUUCUGAGCACACUGAUGAAGGCCGACAAUGGGGACGGAUCUAAGGUGGAGCGCUUGACCGCGCAACAGAUCGUGGAUAAUAUAAGUACGUUUAUGAUGGUUGGUCACGAGACUACGGCAGGGUCGCUGAACUUCACACUACUGGAACUGGCGAAGCGGCCCGAAAUUCAGCAGAAAUUACGCGACGAAGUACGGCAGCGCGGGCGCAAUUUCUCUUACGACGACAUUCAGCGACUCGAGUACCUCGACGCCGUUGUCAAAGAAGGAUUGCGCCUUCACCCGGCUUCACCACAAACCGAGCGCGUUGCUCUGAAGGACGACGUGAUCCCUCUCAGCAAACCUGUCCGCACCACCACUGGCAAGACCAUCUCUUCCCUCCGCGUGAGGGCCGGUCAGGUGUUCCACAUCCCCUUUACCACCAUGCAUGUUAACACGGCUGUGUGGGGCCCUGAUGCAGCCGACUUCCACCCGGAAAGAUGGAUUGUACCUGGAGGGGUUCCGGCGCCAUCGGAACUCCCCCAUGGAUGGAGUGGGCUGGUGACGUUCUGCGACGGACCGCGCAACUGCAUUGGAUACCGUCUUGCGAUCUUCGAAUUCAAGGUCAUCCUCGCUACACUUAUUCGCUCUCUCGAGUUCCACGAGACAUCUGCGGACGUCCAUACCAAAAUCUCGCCCACACUGCAGCCUGUGACCGACGGAAGGGGAGGGUUGCUUCCUCUCUUUGUAUCUCUCGCAGCGUGA